AUGAAGUCAAACAUACCAAAUCCUUCAGAAGACAAAGAGAAUUUUUGUCAGAAGCAGAAAAUUUCAAACCCAAACUCAAGUGUCAGAUCUUUUGGCAAUGAUAUCACCAAUUUGGUGCUCCAGCCAUCCCAUCUUAAUGACUCUGACUCCAAGCCAUCCUCAGCUGUAGAAGAAUACGCCGAAGAAAUAUACACAUAUCUACAGUUAGUAGACACAACUAACAAAGCCAAAUGAGGAUAUAUGGACACGCAAAUCGAAAUUAAUGAGCACCUAAGAGCCAUUCUUGUAGAUUGGCUCGUUGAAGUUGGCUCAAGAAUAGACGCUUCUUCUGAAACUCUCUUUUUAACAGUCAAUAUAUUAGACAGAUACCUUGAAAAAGUGCAGGUCAAAUUGAAUUCAUUGCAAUUAAUUGGGGUUUCUUCACUUUUUAUAGCAUGCAAAUACGAAGAAACUUGAAUUCCAGCCACUUCAGAUCUAACACAUGUUUCAGGGGAUACUUUUACCUCUGACUCCGAUUCAAUACUAACAAACAAUUCUGCUAACUCCCCCCCCCCUCCGUGAGCGAACAAAAAAAUUUUGUUCGCUCACGGAGGGGGUUUAAUUUUUUUUUUUAAAAAAAAUUUAUAUAUAAAUUUUAUAAAAAAUAUUUUUUUCGAAUUUAAAAAAAAUCCUAAUUUGCAAAAAUUGGGAAGCAAAUAUUAAUUUAAUUUGCAAAAUUUAUGUUUUAAAAACGCAAUUUGUUUAAAAUUAAACAGAAUUAGCUCUAGAUUUCAUUAUACUAAUUAUCACUUAUAUAUCAAAAUUUUUUUCCAUUAAAAUUUUUUCUAUUAAAAAAAUUUUUGUUCACUCACGGAGGGUGGGUUUUUGGGUCAAAAAAUGGCGAUUUUUCUAAUGGUUUUGUUCGCUCACGGAGGGGGGGGGGGGAGUAAGGUUUAAUUAGGGUAAUUAUUUUUUUUAGAUGAAAUAAUAAAACAAAGUUUAUUCAUUCAAAUUAGUUUAUAAACUUUAUCGAAUCAAAGCGCAAGCUUUAUUAAAUAGUGUUAUACUACGAUCUCCUUUAAAUAAAGCAAGCUAGAUUUAAAUUUUGAUGUUAAAAUUAUUUAAUAGAAAUUAUUCUUUUUACCUACAAAAGUUAAAUUUGUGCUUUAAUUUAAAGGUCUGAGUGAGGAAAUUUUGAAUAUGGAAGUCAAAAUUCUAAUAAAAUUAGAAUUCAAGCUAACUGUGGCAACACCUUUUAGAUUCCUUGAAAGAUAUGCGCAAUUAGAAAAUAUGGAUAACUUUUCUUUUAACUUUUCAAGGUAUCUUAUUGAACUUUCACUUGGUGAUUAUAAUAUGUUGAAGUAUAGACCAUCAGAAAUAGCUGCUUCUUCUGUUUAUGUAACUAGUAAAUUAUUGGGAAAACCAAUUUCGUUGCUGUUAUCACUUUUGAAAGAAAUUGGCUAUACCGAAGAAGCUUUGCAAGACUGCUCCUUAAGUUUGUGUAAACUUGUACAAUCUCCUCGAUCCUCUGCGCUAAGAUUUAUAGCGAAGAAAUUUUCUGUACCUUGGCUUUCAAAAAUAGCAGAUAUCAAAAAUUUAAUUUAA